UGGUGGUCAGUGUCCUCCUAGGUGGGGCUGCCAACCCCGAGCAGAUGGUCCAGUUUGCAUCACCCUGAGUGCCAAUAGCCAGGGCACCAUGAGGCUGCAUAAAAAAUACCUAUGACAAGAUGCACAUGAGACAGACAAAUGUCUUCACAUUGAAGAAGGGGAGGAGUGCACCAUUGGUUCCAUGCUCAGAGGCACUGGAGAAGUGGCACCUGCCUAACCUUGGCUGCCCGCUUUGUGAUGAUGACAAGAUCGUUGGGGGCUACACCUGAAAUUCUAUCCCCUACCAGGUCCUGAAUUCUGGCUACCACUUCUGUGUUAGCUCCCUCAUAAACAGAGAGUGGGUGGUGUCAGCAGCUCACUGCUACAAGCCCCGCAUCCAGGUGAGACUGGGAGAGCACAACAUCGAAGUCCUGGAGGUCACAGGCAGUUCAUCCCAGUGCAGCCAAGAUCAUCCCUUUACCCCAACUACAACGAGGUUAAAAUAUAACAAUGACAUCAUGCUGAUCAAACACCACCUGCUGUCAUCAGUGAUGUGUCUACCAUCUCUGCCCACCUCCCCUCUAGCACCUGGCACUGUGUGCCUCAUUUCUGGCUGGGGCAACCUCCCAGGCUCUGGCGCCGACUACCCAGAUGAGCUACAGUGCCUGGAUGCUCCUGUGCUGACUCAGGCUGAGUGUAGAAGCCCCUACCCUGGAAGGAUUACCAGCAACAUGUUCUGUGUGGGCUUCCUUGAGGAGGCAAAGUUCCUGCCAGGCGACUCUGGUGGGCCUGUGGUCUACUGUGACGGACAGCUCAGGAGUUGUGUCCUGGGAGUUAUGGCUGUGCCCAGAAGAGAACAACCCUGGAGUCUACACAAGGUCUACAACUAUUUGGCCUGGAUUAAGGACACCAUAGCUGCCAACAGCUAA